GUUGUCAAAUAAAAUAUCGAAAUAAAAAAUUUGAUACUGUGACAAUAAUAAUAAAAUACAUUAUAAACAUGUAGUAAAUAAAAAUAUAUGACAAUGUUUCUAUUACGAACCUUAUCGUUUACGAAUUCUUCAAGAUCUCAAUUUCUUUUACGUAGAAAUGGGUACCCACUUGCUAAAUAUCUCCACGAUAAAACACACGAGAAAAAAAUUAAAUUUUAUGUCGUCGAUAGGUAUAUUUUAUACCUGAAAGAUUAUGAAAAACACAUAGAAAAGCGUUUUCCAAACGCAGUUGGACUGUACAGAUCUUUCAAGGAGGGAACUAAAAAUUUUAUACGAGAUGUAAAAUUGUAUUAUAGCAUUGUUCGUGCCAUAAAUAAGAAACAGAAAAUCCUUCGUGAUUUCACACGGAAGGAGAUUGAAUUAUAUGAUCAGUUACCUAGAGAUAUGUUGAAGUUAACUCCAAUACUUAUAUUUUCAGCAUUACCGUUCACAAAUUAUGUGAUAUUUCCAUUAAUAUACUUUUUUCCUAAGCAGUUGCUCUCUCAGCAUUUCUGGACUAUUCAGCAAAGAGUAGAUUUUAGUAGAUCGUUUUUACACGAGAGACUACUGCAUAAUAAACCAAUAUUUAGGCAUUUACAAGAACAAUUGAGUAGAUUGAAGGGUCAUGAAUUAUACGAACCUUGGAGAGAUGUGCUGGGAAAGUUGGGUAGUGGUGUGCAACCUGAAGUAGAUCAGAUUUUGCAAUGCCAGGAGCUCUUUGUGAACGAGCCUUAUAAUUUAAGUUACUUGAGAGGAAUACAUAUUAAACAUCUACUACAUUUACACAAUAUGAAUACAUUCUUCUGGUUCAGAAGAAGUAGAUUAAGUGACAAGGCUCUCAUCUUGAAAGAAAUGGAUUUGGCUAUAUUGAGAGAAGGCGGUGUGCAUAAUUUGACAAUUGAAGCUCUGAGGAUGUCCUGUUACAUAAGAGGAUUGAACCCGACAAACAUGAAGAAUGAAGACAUGAUCAACUGGUUGAACAAGUGGAUUAAAGUAUCAAAAACCAUUGAUUACGACAGUGCAUCCCUGUUACUGCACUGCCCAAUUUUACUUGGAUAUAAUGAAUCAUCAAAUUGGACUCUGAUUUAUUCUAACAUUAGAAAACAAAUUUUGUGAUUUUUUGUGAUAUGUUUAAGCUAUUGAACCAAAAAAAUAUUUAUUAAUGUUCAUUUGAAAAAUAUAUUAUUUCAAUUAG